AGCCUGCACCGUGUGCAGAGGAUGCGACCUGCUGGUUACCGCGCACACAGAGAUCUGUAUACAAGCACUCAGGUGGAGAUGCAUGAAUUCGACUCAUGACACUCUGACAUCCGUUUCAAUUCCAACAUUUUGUUUAUUUCUGACUUGCCUCCGGUCCAUAGACUAUCUGUUCCCUUAAUACGGACUGCUGGAAGAUAUUUACCGAAGGAUGGGUGCGUUGCAGUCCUCACCUGGUCAACCAGAGUACGUGGAUCUGGCGAAAAAGACGGGCUUUUCAUUUUCGCAGAUCAGUGUCCUUCAUAAAAGGUUCUUGCAGCUGAGCCACAAUGGGGAGACUUUGCAGAGGGAUCAUUUCAAUAGCAUCCCAGAUCUGGCAUGCAAUCCCAUCCGCUCGCAGAUAAUAGAGGCCUUCUUCGACAGAAGAAACUUUCGGCAGAAUGGUGAGGGCCCUGUUGAGGAGAUCCGCUUUGAGGAGUUUCUAGUGGUCAUGUCCCAUUUCAAGCCCCCAUCACCGCGCUUCGUAGAGGAGCAGCGUGAGAGAGUCAGGAGGGAGAAACUGAGAUUUAUAUUCAACAUGCAUGACACAGACAACGAUGGGACGAUAACCCUCGAUGAGUACAGACAUGUGGUGGACGAGCUGCUAUCUCUCAGCGAGGCACUGGAGAAAGACACAGCCAAAAGCAUUGCUGAUGCAGCCAUGUUGGAAGUGGCCAGUACUUCAAUGGGUCACAUGGAACCUGAUGAAUUCUACGAGGGAAUCACAUUUGAGCAUUUCCUUAAGCUGCUGAAAGGCUUUGAGAUUGAAUUAAAAAUGAAUGUUCACUUUUCGCAUAUGGACACACCAACGUUUUUUAAGUGAGGUUGGUAUACUACGUAAUGCAGUGACUUCGGGAAAACUCUGGAAACCCUUAUAAUGCUUUCACUAUUUGUUGCUACUUCUUAGUUUAUUGCUUGCAUGGAAAAAUAUGCCUUAAUCAUGUUUGAAUAACUAUGCAAACUCAAUGAAAUCAUGCAGAUGUAGUAGGAAUAGUCACUUUGAUUGUAAGCAAUAAUAUGAAAUAAUCAGUCUGCUAAUAAUCAGCAUGAAAGUAGUUGGACUAAGCAAUAAUCGAAUAUCCAUGUCCGACACAAUGCAUGCAAAUAUUGAAGCUCAAAAGAUUUAAAAAACGUAAUGCCAUAAAAAAAAUCAGGGAUAGAGAGAUGUAUUGUAAUCUAUAUUUAUAUGUGUCUUGUAAUAGCAAUACAACCAUUUGAAAUGCCUUUUAUUCACAAGUAUGAUCCUCGGUGCAUGCUAUGCACUCUACAUUUGCACAAUAAAAACUCCAUGAGCGUUUUCCAGUUCAUGGUGCGCCUUCCUAGUAAAAAGUAAAUGGGUGUGCUGGCAUGCAAGAAAAAUGCCUGAAGGCAGUAUCUGAUCAGUCUAAGAAUGAAGAAGGACUUUAUGAUCCACCUAAGAAAGAUCAUUUUCACUUUAUGAAAUCACGCAUAUGAUGAAAAGUCAUAGAAAUAUUUUAAUAUCAGAAGGAUGAAUAACUUUAUAUGAGAAUUUAACAUUUCAAGCCAAAUUCAAGCGCACAAUGCUUGAUUCAACAGCUACUAUCAGCUAACUUUAACUCCAUUGCUUUGGUGCGAUUGUUGAAUGAAAUACACAAGAACAGUCAUCUCAUACAAGCCUUUUUAAAAGAAUAAAUACUAAAGCAGUUUAACAGUCUUAAAAGUGCAUGAUAAAUGGGAAGUCAGUUAUAGUGUAAACGUUGCGUAAUGACCACAACAACCCCAGUGUGUGAUUCUGGCUGCAUUCAAGCUCACUAUGUCUAUCAAUACAAUAAAAUGUCCCUUUUACCUGUUUACAUGUUGGUGUAACUGUACAGACAGGUAUUGAGUCUUGUUGUGUGCUGGAUGUUUACUAUCACUGCAUGUUCUAACAUGUUUUCACAUUUCAAAAUAACUGACUGUCUUGAAUGUUCAAAGAUACCCAUCAGCACUUCUGAUGCACUUCUAUAUGUUCAGUCAUGGCUGUAUGCUGCCCUCCACAGGUCGAAACAUGUAAAGCAUGUUAAAUGAUGAACUUGCAUCUGAUUCAAUAAAUAUAUUCCUGUGAUUUCUACCUUUUUAGUAGGUACAUUACCUCGUGAAUAAUGUUUAAUGUGGAGCUUUCAUCGAGUACAUGUUUCAUUGUCUUGAUGGUGAUUAUCAUUUUCAUUAUUAGUUGUCAUUUUUCAUUCCUUGUCAAUGAUUCAUUACGGCUUUUACUUUGUAAAUCCAUCCAUGUUUGCAAUAAAAUACAGCAUAUGUGUUCCAGA